AGCCUGUGUUUUCGAAAAAGCCGACCAAUGAAAGGCGCGGCAGAUAAAGGGGUCGAGAAAGGGGUCGAGAAACAAUGAGCGCGCUUCAAUUAUCGCGCGUGCAAAAAAAUCCGCUUAUAUCCUCGACGAAACCGAGUAUCGACCCUUCGCCCCGUUAUAACUUUGGCAAAUAGCUUUCCCGCGGGGAUUUUAGGGAAAUCUGGAACACGGCCAAUCCCGUACUAUCGCGUUACAUCGCUCCGUCCGACUUUAUAUUCCUCGUCUUUUUCUUCUUCUGCCAUUCUCGAGUUUAUUCGUUUGCCGAUGCAACGAGUUUACGCGUUUCCCUUUCUUCUUACUGCUUGUUUCAUCGUUUGCAGUUCGUUCGUAAUUUGAGAAAUUUUCCUAUCGUCCAUGUCAUUUUCUGAAGUUAUUUUUUUUCACUGAAAUUAUCGUAUUUCGCAAACAGUCUGGGCAAAGGUUAUUUAAUUAAUAUUUGAAAUUGGUUAGAAAGAGGAUAGGCUGUAAAUCAGGGUGGUUUUUCCGUUAUCGUUGGUGUGCAUUCAGCGAGGGUUAAAGUGGAAACGGUGCUAAGACAAUGUCGCCGGUACUUGGUACGCUCUGCCAAAGGGUCCAGACUCGUAACGCCCAUUCAAACUUCUAAGACAACGAGGCGAGUAGGCGAGGGUUUUAAAGUUGUACUAUUAAUCGAGGCAGACGAGAGCGUCGAGUCGCGUCGAGUCGCGUCGAAUCGCGUCGUGUCAAGCCGGGGGCGCAGUUUUGUUUUCAAGUGGGCGCACACACGCUUCGUUGCGUAGGCGUUCGUUUAAUUAUCGAAUGUAAAUAGGUUCGUUAGGGUCUCGUUUCCGAGCACGAACGAAUACGACGGACGUUUCUCUGUUCACUUUCUCCCCCCGUGUUCCCGUGAUCGAUAUAAAAGAUUUUAUCUGAAUCGCGGCGAUGCAUCACCGCGUAUACGAGAUCACGUUUCUUUCGGUAACAGUGCGAAACUAGAAGCAUGGAACGCACGGUUAACCGCAAAAAUCGUUAAUUUUCUAAAUUGAUCGUAAUUCGUCGUGGAUCGCAUCCGCUGCGGUCAACCAAUUGGCCAGCUGCCUGUGCACCGCAACAGGUAGCUUUACAAUGACGAUUUAAUGAAGGAAACGUUUUCAACGUUUCGAAAUUGUAUCGCGCGGUUCGCGCCUGUCUGGACACGAUUCUAUGUCGGUAUGCGUGGUAUUUCGGUAAAAUAGUUGGAGAAUCGAAACGAACGCUCCAUUCGUUAACGUCCUCCCGGCCAUACGAUAUCGUAUCGAUUUUCAAUCGACGCUUUUCAAUCGCGGAACAACGUAACUACGGAAGGUGUAGGCAUUUAGUUAUUGUAUCACACGAACUAAUAAGAUGGUUGGCUGGCAAUUUAACGCGUCAGUCUUUUCAAAUCUGAUCCCUGAAGGAGAAGCAGUUACGCGUGUGUUACCGAAUCUCCUUCUCAUUUCGACGAUAUUUAACACUAGUUGGAAUUGUGGUAGGAGCAAAUGGAGAAGAAACGAUCGUUUCAGGUGUAGGAGGUAGGAGCGUAGGUUACGGUCGAUAGGAAAUUUGGAGCGAGCGUUCGCUAGUUACGGGGUUCCGUCAAAGACUAGGAAACUGGGAGAAAAGAUUAUACUCUCUUCCAUCUUUAAUCGUUCUGAUACUCUCGGUCGUACCCGAGUCGUGUUUCGCACCGUUUCGCGACUUUGUCUAACUUCCAAUGCCACUUAUCUACAACAAUCACCUGCUCACGCAACCCACCUUCUCGAAAGCCUUUAUCUGUCAAAUGUCCGGAUUAUGCUUACUAAAAGGAGCUUGGUCUCCUCGAAUCGAACGAGUUUGAAACGAGAGUAGACACGGUACGGACAACUGCCGCGCGUAUACAUAGUCGAAAGCAUUCGCGAGCAAACGAACGUGUCACACGCGUAUACACGGCCCUCUGUCCUCGAACGUGUCUAAAGAUAGAAACAUGCCGAAAUUAAGCUUAGCAAGAAACUUACGUCUUGCACGAGGCUGAGGCUGGCCAAUUGCAUUCGUGACGCGACGCGACGCGACGCGAUCUAAAUUUCGGACAAAGAUGCGGUUACGUUAUAGUCGCGUGCGCGUACGUGGAGGGAUAGUUUAGGAAGGACUUGCGAGAAAGUUGGCAUCGCGUAUGAUCCCUCUGGUGGCAAGUAUGGGGAGUAACGGGCACACAUUCUAGGAAUUCGGCUUGGUCGAAAGGAAAGCAGCGUAUUACGCAGCCAUGGACCGAUCGCUACGGACUCGUCGGUCAGCUGCGCAUCGACCACCUUCGAAUUCGGGUUGAGUCUAAAAACCGUGACAAGAAGACAGGGAUCGACGAAAACGAGUCGCUACAAAGGCAAACAGUAUUUGUCGAGGGGAAAAAGUGCCAAAGAACUGUGGAAAACUAUUCGAAGCGUACUAAUGUAUAAAGUUAAGGAGCCAAUGAGACAGGAAGUAGACGGAAGAUAAGGGUAAGAAGAAAAGAAGAGAAAGAAGGAUGAAAAAAGGGGUUGAGUGGAAGAAGAGAGGAUCGUGGUAGGCCGGAAGGGCAGAGGCGACGCGUAGAUCAGGGUUGAUCCGGGUCGAUCGGUGUGAUGGUCUCGGGGUGGUGUCCGUGCGUGCCACUCGGCCGCCGAGAAUCAUCGGCUCAACAACAACAGUCGGCCUCCUCGUCGAGGAGUUUCGGGAACGACGGUGCACCGUUCACCGUCAGUGCCGCGACCGAUCGCGCAGAGAUGGUCCAGAUGUUUUAUUACGAAAAUCGCGGCAAAUGCUGCAAGAAGCUUCUCAGAUACAACGGCUAUCCGAACAAGGUGCUUUUGUUUCCGGAAGAGGGUUGGGCGAGAAGCGCGAGCAGUUCCUACUGGACUUUGACACCGUUCUGGUGGAGUCGAAGUCGAUGCAAAGUGGUGGAAGUUGCUGGAACCAGGAGGUACAGCACUCAAGCGAAAAUGGUGGACACGGGAACGGGCACGCUUUACAUCAUCGGCUCUUUCAAAAGAAUGACGACCGAUCCUGAUUUCAAGUUGUACCUGACAUCGAACGUGUCGUCGAGCGACUUCAACAUGGGCUACAGCAUGACCGGUACGUUGGAGCGUGGCUCUAAGAAGACCAACUCCUUUCAGAUGACUCACUUUGCGGUGAUUCGUCGACGAGACUACGAAAAGGCCUACGAGGAUUCGAAUCCCACCUAGUGUCCGUCCACACCCACGCUCUCCGAGUGUGGGGAUUGCGAACACUACACGUAGAAGGAAAGGGGUUUCGAUAAGCGUGCUAGCUCUUUCGCAACAGAGAGAGUUUCUUCUUCUUCUUCUUCUUCGCGAUCGACGUCCAGCAGCAGCAACUCCUAGUCUACGAGCUUCAGCCUUUCGAAAUCGAAAGGUAUCUUAUAAAGUUGACCGCGUCACCUGCCAAUUUAACGAACGUAACGGCCAGCAAUCAGCCGCGUGAACGAAAAAGCAAAAGCGAAACACGUCCAAAGGUAGCGUUUAACUUAUCUAUCGAAUUAAGUACUUAGUUUUUAACUAGCGACGAACGAUACCAAAGUCGAGUAUGCAAAACGACGGUAAUCGAGGAUGCCGUCGUUCCAAAGUAUUAGCACGUAAGUCGUCGUUAAUUUCUCGCAGGCGAUAAACACGCAACCGUACGCGUCUUUCUAUCCGCCUUUAUUUCGCGGUAUUCAUCCUCGGUAGCAGCAGCAGCAGCAGCAGCAGAUUAGCAGCAGCUUGCUUACGCAAGUAAUUUCGAGUUUUCAUCUUUUGCGAGGAAAGCUCGAGCCAUCAACAACCGAGAAUCGUCCUAGAAUCGUCCUAGAAUCGUCCUAGAAUCGUCCUGGGAUCGUCGUGUAUCACCGCAAAGUCGACGCGAUACUUAUCUAUUUUUGUUAACGAGUAGCGAUACGCGGCCGUUACACGACGCGUCUCGAUCGAAGCGAAAUUCUUGAUCCUGCUCGUCGAUCUUCGUGAUCGCGAUCCAAAGAAUUUUUGUACCUUCAGCUUUGCUCAACACUCUAUUUAAUGCCAAAUACGAACGACACGUAAAUAGGUGUAAGAUAUGUUCCAGAGAUCGUUAAUUAGCGUUAGACGAUCGACGGAAGCCACGUGCCAAAACAAGCUUCGGUGUACCGUACCUCUCGAUAAUCAUUUUACAGCUACGCGUUCGCACUUUUUACAACUAUCUAUGUUUUUUUUUCGUCUCUUUAGUCUCUUUAGUCUCUUUCGUGCAUGCCAUCGUUUCCUAGAAAACUCUAUCUAUUAGUCUCUAUUAACGCUAUUACGCGUUACAGGUUUCAAUGGUUUUUCGCGAUUCGGUGCUAGCGAACCAGCAUCUCUAUCCUUCCUUACCUCUUCGCGCGGUAGUUUAGUCAAAUAGAAAGUUGCUAUGAAAACAGCAUUUGAUACACUUUCGAGAAGCUAGAUCGAUGUCGUAGAUGGUUUAGCGUAGAAAUGUAACGCGCUUCGUUUUAGCAGAUUCUAGUCGUUAGGUGUAACGUAGAUCGCUCGUAGAUUCUGAUUUUUUAAACUCGGACCGCACAAAAAAGACUCACUCGGGUCUGCCGAUAAGUAGAAAGCGUUCUUGUUCUUGUUCUUAUUCUUGCUUACCGGCACGAUUUCGAUGUGUUCGCUUCUUUUCGAGUAGCAGCUGACUUAGAUGGAUUCGUAGAUUCAGCAGUUCGAGUGAACGUACGUCCGAUAUCACGGUCCCUCCUAACUACUUAGCCGUAGCUGUGACCCACGAAUGCACGCUUUCUUCGCGAUCGAAAGAGAAGCGACGUCUUAUCUUCGUCAAACUGCACGACGGGUCUUUAGUUUGUCUUUAGAACCUUGUCCGCUUUCGAGCUUUCAUACGAAAUCGUUCGAAGUAACGAAAUAUGUACUUAGGUAUGUAGGUACCAAUCAGCUUUCCGACGUCCACGGUUCGACGAUUCGGAUGGAAGAUAGAAAGCGAUCAACUAACGUAUCUACGUAUGCUCCUACCAGUAGACAGAGGUUUAUCAACGUAGAAGUACCGUAGCAAUUAGUAGGAAGUUCGAUGUGAUCGUUAUCGUAAUCAUUAUUGUUAUCAUCGUCGUUGUCGUCGUCGUCGUCGUCGUCGUCGUCGUCGUCGUCGUUGUCGUUGUCGUCGUCUCUGUUUAACUUCCGUUUCGCGCGACGGAAAUUAGUUGGCGUUCGUCCGCGUCUCCUUUUUCGACUCGAAAUAUGGCUAGUCCAAACGGGAAAUUUUAUUUUUUCUAGGCGGCUAAGAUCGUCGAUUAGCGCGAGUUUAACAAAAUGAAACGUAAGUAGCGUGGACAGGCGAACGACGCUCUUCGACUACUGUCCGUCGCCGGAAACAGGAAAAAGCUCGGAUUCUGCUUAUCGUUGGAACACACCCUAAUCAGAUCCUCUUUACCGUUAUCGUGCAUAAAUUCGAGUAAUUAGGUAGAGUAGAAUACUAGUUAGUUUGCUUCUCGCCUAGUCGAAUUAUUAUUUCGUUCCAAUCUUACUCGUACGCUCUAUCUAGUCCAGAAAAUCUUUCUCCUCCCGUAUCUCAUUCGAGUGUCGUUGUAAUCGAUGUGUAGCUAAUUUAGAAAAUUAUAACGGAUGUCGAUAGGAAAUCUGCAACUUGUAUCUUUACGAUUAUCAUCAAACGGAUUGUUAGCUGUAAAUGUAUAUCGGUCUUAACAGAAAUACGAACGAAACAUUCGUAUUCAAAGCUAUGGCUGUGAUCUUGAUUAAUCGUAAAACGGUUCAUAAAAGAAAAAAAAAAAAAGAACUAUAUACAUAUAUACGUAUAUAUUAUAUACCAUAUAUGAAUAUAUUAUAUGAGAAAUAAGUAGGUUAUGACGACGCAUGCAGCGACAAGCGACGCGAUAUUUUGCCAAAUCGUUGCGUUCCACGGACUUGGGCUUACUUCCGCGUUAAACAUCCCUAUACACACGUCGUACACACCUGCAAGCUCGAAUCCACAGGAAGGAACGCGUAUUACGUUCUCUAAUUCGGUGCUAAAAAUCACGCGCAACGUUCGCGUCCACUUCACCCUACCUAAUUCAAACGUGUCAUUUGCUUCCACUUACACGAUUCUCCUUCGUUUAAUCAAAGAGACGGAAUCAAAGAACGUUUUGCCAACCCGGACAAGUUUGCGAUGAAUCAAAAAAAAAAUAAAAAAAAAUAAAAAAAAAUAAAAAAAAAUAAAAAAAAGUCGCGCCACUCUUCCGGUGAUGUUGCGAAAAUCAAAGCAUGUUCGAAUGUCGUGUCAGGAGUAUGUAAAGAUUUUGCGAAGGAAGCGCAGCUCGGCCUGCGACAAGUCGUUGCUCAGAAAGUUUGAGGAGACUUUUUGUAUUUUCUAUAAACAACGCGAUUCUAAUUCUCCGUCAGCGAUAGAGCCGAAAGGGCACCCUCCUCUCCCUAACCCUCUCUUUCGCUCUCAAUUUCUUUUUUCUACGCUUCCGCUUCUCUGGAAAAACAAAGACACUGAGACCUAGGCGGAGAAAGAUAGGGGAAAUCGCGGGCUGUUUUCGGUUCUCCAGGAAACGGAAGCGAGCGGAACGAAUCGAGUAGGAAUACCGCGAUGCGCCGCUGCCGCAUCCACGUAUUUUCACUACAGUCCUGUCUACAGUCAAUUCAUUUUGUAUUUAUACCUAAUCUAUAUGUAUCUAUCGUCAUAAUUUAUGCCGAAAUAAAUGUUACAUUUACGCACAGCGAAA